CGGAACUUGUUUAGUAUCCACGUGAUUAUCUUGUUGACAGCAUCGCAACAGAAGGAAGCUUUCUGAAUUUCUAAUCAAGAUGCCAGAAAAGAAACAAGAAUUUUGGAUACCAGAAAGUAUUAAAGAAGUAUCGUUUGAAGAAAAAUAUGAAAUCCUGACAGAAUUGGGAAAAGGAGCUACUUCUGUAGUGCACAAGUGUAAUGAUAAAGGAACAAGCAAGGCAUGGGCUGUGAAAAUAAUAAACAAACGGGUUGACUUUAAAGUUAUCAAUACAGAAAUUGGUGUGUUACUGAAAUUAAAUCAUCCAAAUGUGAUAAGACUUAAAGAAAUAUAUGAAACCCCCCAACACAUAUAUCUAGUGUUAGAGCUAGUUAAAGGAGGAGAAUUGUUUGACAGGAUAGUGACAAGAGGAUUUUACUCAGAGAAAGAUGCAGCUGCUGCAGUUAAACAGAUGCUUAUUGCUGUACAGUAUCUGCACCAGAAUGGAGUGGUGCACAGAGAUUUAAAGCCUGAAAAUUUAUUAUAUGAAGAUCUCAGAGAAGACUCAGCUCUCAAAGUUGCUGACUUUGGAUUAUCUAAAAUAUUGGACCAUGAAGUACAGAUGAAUACAGUUUGUGGAACACCAGGUUACUGUGCACCAGAAGUAUUGGCAGGAAAAAAAUACACACCAGCAGUAGAUAUUUGGAGUUGUGGAGUUAUUACAUAUAUCUUAUUAUGUGGUUAUGAACCAUUUUACGAAGAAUCGGAAAGAGAAGUAUAUAAAAGAAUACUGAAAGGAGAUUACCAUUUUGAUUCACCAUUCUGGGACAGUAUCUCAUGGAAUGCUAAGGAUUUAAUAAGCAAAAUGCUACAACUUGAUCCAAAGAAAAGGAUAACAGCUGAUCAAGCAUUACAACAUCCAUGGGUCAAAGGGUCAGCAGCUAAGAAUGAACAUAUGGCAGAAGCUCAGAAUAAGAUCAAAGAAUUCAAUGCAGCCAGAAAGAUGAGGGCCACAAUGGAUGCAACGUUAUUAGCUGCUCGAGUCGGCCGUGUACAAGAACUCCUCAGUUCAAUUAGUGAUGUAUCACAACAAUCUGUGCCUAUGGAAAUGUAGUUGUAUUUGUAAAGACUGUGAUAUUAACACAUUGACUACUUCACAAUGGUUUGCAAUCAUCAUAUCAUGGAAAAUGUUGACUCCGUCCAAUCCAAAAGAAUUUUAGUGUGAUAUUUGAGAGAGAGAAAACUAUUUAUUUGUUCUCUGUCUUAGGUUAUAUAAAGGACAAGGGUUAUAUUUAUUGUUCUAACAUUAAGCAAAAGUAAUGGAACCUAUUUGCUGAUUAUCCAUUUUGUAAACAAAAACAAUUUGGUGAAUUAUGAUGAUUUUUAAUCAUACCCAAUGUCUUAAAAAAGGUUAAAAUACACUCAAAAGAAAUAGUGAAUUAAAUUUCAAAUAUAAUUGUUUUUUUCAAAAUUCUUCUGUUUUCAUUAUUUUUCUUUAUCCUUUUGUAAAUUAAAUAGAAUAAGAAGAUCUUGUAAGAAAUUAGACAUUCAUGUAUAUUUUUAAGAAGCUGUUAAUUAUGUUUUAUCUGUCCGUUUGUACUUAUUGACUGCAAUUGACAGUAACAAACAUCACAAAAAGUUGUUAUUUUUGCUUAAAUUAAAGCACAUGUCAUGAUGUCCUAGUAUAAGUACAUGAUUAUAAUAUAGUAAUAUAUAGUAAUAUGAAUGGAAGUUAAAUGAAAUGUCUAAAUCAUGGCAAGUUUAUUCUUGAAUAUUUUUUUAAAUAUUUUCAAGAUGUAUAAAUUAUGUGACUACUUUGAUUGGACAUGUCUUUUAUAAAUUGGUGAUUUGACAUACAUUUUUUAUUUUAAUUUUCUUGCACUGUCAUAUGGCCUUUGGAGUGAUUAUUCUUGAAGUGUUCUUCUACAAGAGUGUCUCUGUUUCACAAGGAAAAACUAAUAAAAAUUAUUUGCCAAAUAAACAAGUGAUGUGAAAAUACACUUUUUAUUUUUUCAAUCAAUGGUAGAUCAAAACAAUUCAUUGUCAUAGGAUUGUGGUCGCAACUGCCAGCUAAAGUGGGAAUUUUAUGAGAUUUUGUAUUUUGAGGGGAUGUCCUUAAUUUUAGUGCAUGUCAGGGCUGCAUUUUGUUGUAUCUACUACACACAUUAAUAUAUAUAAGUGUUUUUGAAUCUUUUUCAGUAAUUUAUUUUAGGUAGAUUACAUACUUUAAUUGCAUUUCUACUCAAUGAUUUUUGUGUGUGUGUUUGAACAUAAGUUAAAUAUUCAUACACAUAUUUUGCUAUACAAAAGUGAUACUUUGUCAGCUGGCAACUCGAAACUGAUGAAAGGAAUCUAAGUGCAUCAUUUAUAUAGUUUACUUUGAUAAUUGUAUAAUAAAAAACUUUUCAGUAGUUUUUGUACAUAUCUAACUUUACAUAGUUUUUUUACUAUAUUUAAUGUUUAUAAUUGAUUUUGUCUACAACAUGUUCAAAUAUGCUUUUAUUCUGUGAUAGUUUUAAUAUCUUUUUCUUCCUUUUUUUUGAAAACAUUAAUUUUUUUAAUUGUAUUUACAGUACAAAGGCAAGAAAAAUGAAAUGUAAUAUUUUAUUCAAAUAAAUAUUUGUUAUCUAGUUGA